UUCACAACAAUGACGUCUUCUAGAACAAGCUUUUAAAAUUUAAUAACGGGUUAAAAUUGAAUGUAGAAGCCACAGGCUUCAGCCUCUCUUGCCCAAUGGUACAUUCGGGCCUGUUUGUAGAUUAAAUUUAUGUAAGAUGUUCAAUGUGAUUUCAAUGCAACGAACAGAAUUAAAAAAGCAACUACCGAAUAAAAUGAAAGUAAUUGUUGCGGGUUUCUCGAAAACUGGUACAAACACUAUGGCGACUGCUCUUGGAAUUCUUGGAUAUUCUGUCUAUCACUGGGAGGAUCAUUUUAUACAUUUGGAGAAAGAGUGGUUAAAAAUAUUGAACGAAGGCGGAAGAACAGAAGAUUUCUAUCGCAUGUAUAAAAAUGUUGACGCGGCUGCUGGAAUUCCAUUUUCUAUGUUUUGGGAAGAAAUUUCAGAAGCGUUUCCUGAAGCCAAACGAUCAAGUGAGGAUGAAUGGGAAGAAAGUGCUAUAAAUCAGUUGAAAAAGUUUAAUAAAGAUUGGAAAUUCCGAUUGCUUCCAAUCUUUUCUUACACUGGAUACAAAUUUUUUAAUUAUCUUGUGGUUAUCAAUCGAGUUGUUUAUGGCAACCAUAGUGUUCUGCCAUGGAAUUUUUGUAAUGCUAUAAGUCCCACUGUUGCCAGAAAAAGAUAUCGGGAUCAUUGCUGUUCUGUUUUGACGGCAAGUGAAUAG